AUGGUUCAGCAUUUCUUUGAAGGUCAACCCAUUGAGUGCCUCAUCGCUGCCAUUAUUUCACUCUCGGCAAGACAGACAGCGAGGAACUUUGGGCUGCUCGGUGGUGAACUAGCACGGGCCUCACGUUAUUUGCGUUACACCGCGACCCAACAAGGUCCCAACUUCCCUCCGUCUCCCCAAUCACUCCCUGCGACAAACCCUUCCCAAUCACGCAUCUACGCCCCCAAUCUUGCCCUCUUCCGCCUCGCCCACAUCCUAGGCAACACCAUGGCCAGCACUGUCCGAACAACCCACCUGGAUCUGCAUCUGGGUCUGGGAAUAUCUUCAUCUGACGGUAAACACGAUCUUCAACCACCUUGCCCCGAUGCGCGGCCCUAUCCUGUGCAGGGCAGCAUAAGAGGCGGGAGUCAUACCUCUGCGUACUCGACGACAGCGGAGGAAGAGUCGAUGUAG